CAUAUACGACAACAUGACCUUCAACUGUGACCGUGAAAGAACAAGAGUACGAAGGAUACGACAGAUACCUUCCCCAAAUAGCUAAACAUAUUUGCACUAAGGCCAAGCGUCCGGGCACGGAUGGACUUCAGAUGAGCAUGCUGUCACUCUUUGCACAUGCUAAGAGUUGGCACUAAUUGAAGAGAAUGAUAAUACCGCGUUUAUACAGUUAUCAGGAAGUUAUGGACUCGUUUCUUGUCCAAAGCGGAUGUACCACCGGUACCAUUCGAUUAACCUAUCACAACAUGACUUUGCAGAGGUAUUAACAAUAGUUUGAAGAGGAGCAAGUUCUCUGCAGGAGACUACACUACUGAUGGGUUCACCAUGAAGUGAACUGAUAAGAAGAUAUAAUAUUUUCCUAUUUUAUUGGCAGCAGGAUUUAAACUAAAGAGACAGUAUCGCCUAUAUGUAGCAUCUACGAGGCUCAUUUAUAAUCACUGCACGGACUGGAACUCUCCAAUGGAGCAGAAGAUGAAAGGCUACAAAGCCACUGUCGACAAGACGUGGUGUUUAUAUUAGGGAAGCCAAGUCUUUCCGCGCACGUACGGUUCCCUGAAAACGUCCCGCCGUAGGAAGUGCGGGAUAACGAAGGCGGAGCCAUGUACGGACUUAUCUUUGAGAACCUGAGUCAGUACGUGACCUCGGUGUACGGCGCCGAACGAUGGGAGGAGAUCCGGCGUCGGUCGAGGAUCGAUCUGGCCACGUUCAGCACCCACGAGGUGUAUCCGGACAACUUCGUCCACAAACUCGUCAGCAAGGCCUGCAAGGUGCUAAAGGUGAGCGAACGCGAGUUCCUGGAAGGCAUGGGCGUCUACUUCGUGUCGUUCCUGGCCCAGUACGGCUACGACCGCGUCCUCUCUGUUCUCGGUCGCCACAUGCGUGACUUCCUCAACGGACUGGAUAAUCUGCACGAGUACCUCAAGUUCAGCUAUCCACGCAUGAAGGCGCCCUCGUUCUUCUGCGAAGAUGAGUCUUCGACGGGACUGACACUACACUACCGGAGCACGCGGCGAGGGUACCUGUGGUACACCGUCGGUCAGAUCAAGGAAGUUGGCCGGCACUUCUACAAUACGGAAGUUGAAGUGGAUGUGCUGAAGGAGGAGUCAAUCUUCAACACGCUACACGUCAUCAUGAGGCUCAAUUUCGACAAUAUGGCUUACCAACCGCCGUCUUUGAAGCUGUUGGAAAACAAUAUUGUCGUAUCGGCAAAGGUCCUGGACUCCUUAAUAAGAAGCCGUCAAGUGGGCACACAGGACGAAGAGGACAUGGUGAGCCGAACUCUGCUACCGGUCAAGGCUUUCGUGUUCCUCGAGAUAUUCCCAUUUUGUGUGGUCUUCGACGAGAACCUGACCAUCACCAACAUCGGCAACAGCCUGCAAGCCGUCAUGCCCGCCGUGGUGGGAAAGCGGAUACCCGAAGUGUUCGACCUCACCAAGCCCAUGGUGGAGUGCUCCUGGAAGUCGAUCAUGGGCCACACGAACAACGUAUUCGAGCUGACUUCGCUGGAGGCGGUGCGAGCCCGGUGCAACCUGAACAGCAGCCAAGACAAUCUGUCGCAAUGUGACUUCAGCGAGAACGGAGACUUCAAUUACGAGGACGCACUGUUGCACCUAAAAGGACAGAUGAUGUACAUGGACGAGUGGAAAAGCAUGGUGUACUUAGCAACGCCAGUCAUGCGUGACCUGGAUACAAUGGUGCUUACGGGACUCUACAUCAACGACCUCAGCAUGCACGACUUCAGCCGGGACAUGGUGCUCGCGGGACAGCAGCAAUCCGCUGAACUGAAGCUCGCUCUAGAUCAGGAGCUCCAGAAAAGCCGUCAAUUAGAGGAGUCCAUGCGCAAGUUAGACGUCGAAAUGAAACGAACCGACGAGCUGCUCUACCAAAUGAUCCCGAAAACGGUAGCCGACCAGCUGCGAAGUGGAGAGACGUCUGUGAACACGUGCCAGUACUUCGCAUCGGUCACUAUACUGUUCAGCGACGUGGUGUCGUUCACGGAGAUCUGCAGCCGAAUCACGCCAAUGGAGGUCGUCUCAAUGCUGAACUCCAUGUACUCCCUAUUCGACGAGCUCACCGAGAAGCAUGGAGUAUACAAGGUGGAAACCAUCGGUGACGCGUACAUGGUGGUGUCCGGUGCGCCUGAGCCGGAGCCCAACCAUUCAGAGAAGGUCUGUGAGAUGGGGCUUGCCAUGGUGAAGGUGAUAGGUGACCUGAAGGACCCCUCGACUGGAAAGAGCCUCAAGAUACGCGUUGGUGUCCAUUCUGGCGCCGUGGUGGCGGGUGUUGUGGGCCUGAAGAUGCCCCGUUACUGCCUAUUUGGUGAUUCUGUCAACACGGCAUCGCGGAUGGAAAGCACGAGUGAGGCCCUGCGUGUCCACAUUAGUGAAAAGGCGAAGGAACUGCUAGAUGAAUCAAAGUGGCUGAUUCAAGAGCGUGGUACAGUAGAUGUCAAGGGCAAAGGCUCCAUGAAAACCUACUGGCUCCAGGGAAAAAAAGGCCAGGUCAACAUCCACAGGCGGUACCCGGAUGCUCCGAGUGCCCUGUCGAAGCAGCGCCGCAAGUCUUCCGUGGGAGCCCGUUCAGUGUACUCGCCGGUCACGUACGAAGAGAUAGCCAAACACUCGCCGUCCAACACACCUCCACCUCACGGAGUGGCCAACGUGACCACCACGAAACCCACAGCUGGCGUGGCUCCCACGACACAAACGACGGGCAACGCGCUGGGAACUGCUGUCAUAAAGGACGUCACGGGGAACACAGACAUUCCGAACGGCGGCUCUACAUCACCGAAGCGUCGUACGGUGAGCGUCGCUCCCACGACGACGCCACUGAACGCCUUACCCCGGGAGACGAACGGCCGGCCCACACCACGCAAGUGUGCCUGGACAGAACUUGAACUAAAGGUUCCCACGCAGCCACUGGCUCCUGCAGUUGUCACCGUACCACCGCCACCAAUCUUGACCAGCAUCGGACUUCAGCCACCCUGUCAGCAUUGCACGCACUGUCAUAAUAACUACAACCAGCAGCAGCGAAGGCUUGUUGACAUCUCGUCGGUUGAGACUAGGGGCGACAAGUCAGGCUGCUGGGCAUCCUCAUCGCCGAAUCGGGCUGGUGUCGGGAGUCAGCUUGCUUCGAGUGUGAGCGGUGGCAGUGGCGCGGCUUGUUCUAUCUUGUGAGGAAGGACAAUGGGAGUACAAGUGAUGAGCGUCUUGAAUGGCGACUCUGUGGAUGCCCAUGAACGAAGCAACUGGUGGGCUUCUGAGCAGCGUUGCUUGAAGCGGUGAUAUUUAUUUAGGUUUGAAAUAUUGUCUGACUGGGAAUACUGUAACGUGAUUCUGGAAGAAGAAAUCAACUACAAAAGAAAUUUCAAUCAACCUCUCCAGCGAUGUGUAUAAUGAAAUGCUAAAUACUCUUUGUCCAAAAAAAAGAAGACGAUUUGGGAGAGAUUCUGGUGGAAUUGAUAUCAACCGGCGCGCUUAUUUGGCAUGGAACAAUGUCACAGUCACAUCAGUGGCCUCGUCAACCCUAUUUAUCAAUGAAAUGUAGUGACCAGCUCUUGUGGGCAUUAAACAAUGUGACAAGGGCACAGAAAAUUUGCAGCAGCUGAGCGCUCGAAGUAUGGACUAGGUAGGUGACAGCUGCACUGUGGCUAUCCAUAAAAAGUGUGACUGCGAAUCAAUCAGAAAGCGUAAAUCGCAGAAUGUUCAUAUACGCAUUAUGUGACUAUGUCCAGUGCUUUUCUGGUGUCUGUAACCACACUAAAACCUUCGCAGACUUAGAAAACUACACAUGUUUUCAGUCUAUGUAAACAAAACGAAAAUAACAACGUGGGUGGAUUAGCAUAUGUCCACCCAAUUUCUUUGAAAAUAAACGCAGCGACGACUGAACAGUGCUUUACUGUCAUGAAGAUAUGAUAGAAUGAAAUAAUCACGAGGAAACUGCAAUCCAGGGAUCAAUAUGGAACAAAACCUUCCGUAACCACGUCUCGCUUACUCAUAAGCACGUCUGAACUUUGCUUGUCUCGUAUCUUCGUGUAGUCCACGCCUACUUCCCUUGUGGCUAUGAUAAAAGAGCCUAUAGCCUAGUCCCAGUGGUCGGAACGUUUUAUGAUUAAGUGGUGUGCAAUGGUUCACGCAACAAAACAUGGCACACUUGAAUUUGAUUGGAAAUAUUAGAAGGCAUGAUGAACUGAAGGGCCCAUUUUGGCUAUUACGCCAAAUAUUUUCCCCUUCCCAACCAAGGCAUUUUAAUCCUUUUUGCCCACAAUGGUUAAAAAACUGUAUGCAGAUGUCAUUAGCGUGCAGAAUAUUCAGCCUUCUGGGCACUGGGUGACUACUUUAUUACUGAAUGGUCAGUAGUUGGAAAAGCUAACGAAAAGCGAAUGAUCGGCACUACAUUGAACGGAAGUGAGCAUAAAGGCUAUAUUAGCAGAAGAGUACCUGUUUUGGCAAUGAUGCUGAAAUACCAUGUUGCUUGUGAAUGCUAGUAGAAUGCACAGAUUUCGUCUAGGAUACUUGUUUGUAAUGCCAAAGGUCAAGGCAAAAGUGUGCAUUGAAUUAUUUUGUGUAGUGCACUGUUAUCUCAACAAAUUCGUUCUUAUUCUAGGCCAAGCUUUUGCUUAAGUCUUUCAUAACGAGUAUUGCACGUGAUCAGCUUUGUGUCAUGCAUUUCUCAUGCCCUCUUACCUCUGUGUUGUACUCGUCACUUGCAGCUCGUCGUUUAAGACUUUUCAGUGAAACGUAGAUUGCGUACCAGGACACUUGCGAAGGUCAUUAACACAGACGGCUGCACAUGAACAGAUUGCAAGAAGCCACCUAACUAUGACAGCUGCACUGCAGUGUCGGGUGCCUGCGCUUCGUAUACUAUAAGCCAGUGUGAUAUAAUCAACAGAAACAAAGGCCUUAAUAUUCAAAGACAGAAAAUAUUUUAGAUCUAACGAAACAGACUGAGCUUCCAUAAGUGGCUUGUCCACAAUGCGUGCAAAGGCAGCGUGUCCACGUGAAUUUAUUUUAACAAGCGAUUGCAGACUGUGAUGCUAUAGAUGAAGGUGAUAGACACGGAUCUUUGCGCCAUGCACCUGCCUUCUUUGACGAGGGAAGCAAGUAAUACGAAGGAAGGCAAAUGUGCAGCAAUCGUUACAGGUGUUUUCCAACGGGCGAUGCUUUAGGUGUCCUUAGAAUAACACAAGAAAGGAAUGAAAUGUAUUUUGAUACAUAUUUACUACCGUGAUAGAAAAAAAUGAGCAGUGUUGAUGUAACUGGCCUGGUGCUACUGUUAUUAUUCACAGAGCAUUUGAACAUGAGCGUACACAAAUAAUUUAUUAGUGUUGCUUAAAUCAUAUAGAUUUUCGGCAUUCCUGAGCGGCGACUCAAGUAUGACACGUAAUACAUGAACUUGGGAGCAUUUAAAAAGUUAUUAAGCAUUUAGAACAGCAUUUAUAACUUUCAUAAUGAUCCAGCUUUAUUGUUUGUUGUACUGUCGACAAACGGAUGUCUCACGAAUUUCUCUGCGAUUCAUACUUUGUUUUGUUCCUAAAAUAAACAGUAUUCUUGGUUCAAUUUACAAUCAGUAUUACGGGAUCAUGUAUAAUGAACUUUUGAACUUAACUGAAUACCCAUACGAAUCGAAUACUAGUCGAAUAGGCUUCGAACAGUGAGGCGAAAAUUUUCAGAGCAGGUCUAAACUCUUAUGGUGACAAUUUUCAAAACAGCCCAAAAUUUUAAGAACACUUCAUCUGAAACAAAUGUUGACAAACUUCACCAAAGAAACAUAGCGACUACUUUAACUAACUAAAGUACUACAAUUAAUUCACCUGAGCAACAACUAGAACGUUUGAAAUAUUUCGCUACUGCAGGCUGAUGUAGAGGAGUGACCACCACAUUUAAGGUUUUACCUUGUCAACAGUUUUCUGAUAUGCAUGUAUAUAAAGAAAAUUUUAUGAUUUAACAACGUUAUAAAUUUCAUUAUGAAGAUAGUUUACUUCUGACUGUUGCGUCAGUGACAAUGUAGUUAUAAACAAAUCGCGUGCUUCUUGUACUUUAUAUGGCGUCAAUAUGCCGUAAGCACAUGAACUGCGUGCGUCAUGGAAAUCGGAUGAUGAGAAGACAAGUUACCUAUCAUUGUUCCUACGUUUAAAUUCAUCGAACAUUUUUCGUCGAUGAUAAAUAUUUAAAAGGCAUUCAAAAACACUCGGUAUUUAGAGUAUGCCCUUUUUGAUUGCAGUAAUGGACCGAGUAUAAAGCUAUCAUUCGAAACUUUAGAAUGUUGACGCACCCCAAUUUAGUACAUUUUCUUCUGAGCCAUUCACUCUAAACGGCAUUAUUAGCGAAAUAUUCAUCUACUAAAGACAUCAUAUUAUAUGAAGUGUUUUCAUGUGAUACGCAUCCAUGAUUACUCGUUCGAGGAGUCAAGGAGCUCACGAUGAAGUGCACUGUGUAUCUUGUGAUAUUUCAUUGGUUUCCCAAUCAUUAACCUGAAAUCCUAAUUACUGUCAUCUUGUAUGAACCACACAAAAUGUAGUAAAAUUUUUUGAGCCUCGAUUAUUCCUAGUGAGGGUAAAUGCAGAGGUUUUCUCGGCCCAGCGAUCUUCGGUGAAUAUAACUAACUUUUUCAAUUGUUUUUGCACCUGUUAUCUCUGUUCACAAGGUGGUAUUCUAGCAUGAAUCAUAUCACUCCCACACUUACUUCAAUGUGUUUGUUGAGUCUUUGAACCUUGAUCCGUGUUUGAGGCCUAGGCUGCUCUUUUGAAGAAUGAGUGAACAUCCAUUGACGGCUUUUUGUGCUUUUCAUGUGUGGCCUUUGUAGCCGACGUUGUUUUCAUGUUUAACCACAUUAUCGUUGUCUGCAGGCAGCAUUGUGUAAACGUUUUGUGAUUCAUGCAAAUAAAAAGAUGAGGCAAAUUGAGCAAUACCAAAA